AUGAGCAUCAACGAUCCAUCUACAGGUGAUGCGGUGCCGACGACAAUGGCAAUGGCGGCUCCAGGUGUCCAGGCCCGCAGCUCUGCGUUGAAGCUUCCUCCCCUUGUCCUCGACAACCAAAUGCCCAAUCCUUCAGCUGUCAUUGCCGGCCGCUCAAUGCAUCAGAUCCAACUAGAGAUGGAGUACGAUGCGGAAGAGAGCGACAAUGAUGCUGAUCAUGGCCCCUCAAUACAAGGCUGGCCUGGAGGACUGGAGCGGCACGCAAGCGACCACCCGGACGACCCAGGUGAUCUGGCCAUGAGGGAAAUGCACGCCCUAUGCGUCUUUGACGACGUGUCCGUGCCACCCUCUGCGCGGCCGUGGUCGUAUCUCAUCGAAGCGUUGAGCCCACUUCCUACCGUCCGCAGAUGGGGGAGAUGGCGAUGGCGGGAAGAGCCUGCAUUCGCCGAGGUUCGAGUGGCAGAAGCAAUCAUGAUGUACGAGAGGGGCAUAGAGCAAAACACCAGCAACCGACGCUGCAGCCGUUGCCGUGCCGGGCAAGGCAUCUCUCCCCAGUGCGUUGUAUCACCAGAAGGAAUCGUCCAAGCGCCGGGGGCGACGGGGCCGUGUAGCAACUGUCUUUAUGAUGGGGUCGAGCACGCUUGUAAUGCAUCUGGGAGGAGGACUCCCGUGUCAGGGAGCCGAGAUCGAGGAGGCGAGAGCAUGAGAGACCCGGACAAGGUCGUGGACCACAUGGCAGUACUCGAGAUGAUUGCCCAGCUCAAGAGGCCAUCCGGUACGCGCAGGGAUCAUAGUCUUUUGGAACGAGCACGGCGGAUCGAAGCUGCGGCUUUGCAGAUUGCCCAAGCGGCAAGGGAUUGGCGGGAGAAGAUGGGAGUUCAAAGUUGA